GCUCCAAUCCAUGCAAACAUUUUCCUUGAAACAGAAAGAAAGAAUAAUCUAAGCAAGAAAGUGAAAGAAAGGUGACACUCAUUAAUGCAAAGACAAAAACUUCAAACUUAAAAUCUAACACAAACACGCCCUUAGAACCACCAGUUCUUCACCCAGCAUUAGAAAUUUAGAACACUACUUCAUGCGUGGUUCGUAUUGCUUCCAAGUUGGCAAACUUCCCAUCACUCAUUCUCCCCUUAAAACCCCAUGAAUCUUUCUUCACACUUAUCUCUUCACAUUUUCCUAGCGCCCAAACAACAAAUUAAGCAAGAACGUACGUACACAAUGUUGGACGUUUGGUCAUGGAUAUAUGAGCUCCCCAACUCGGACGAGUGGGACAAGUCUGACUCUCCACCCGUCAUUGAACUCGCGAGUUCCGGAUCUAGUCAGGAGAGCACGACUCGGUCGAUCCAGCUUAGAGCCGAGCGCACUUCCGCGUCCGACACUGACGCGUUGGUGAACUUCAGCGUAUGCUUACAGGGCUUUGAGCACCCUAACAAGGCCCAAACGACCCUCUGGGUCUCUGACACGUGUCCUCUCUCCUCACCCUUCCUCCCACUGUUACUCCAGCUCCUCCAAGAGAUCAUAUCCGACUCACCCACGGUGCGCAAUAGCACGUGCCCCAGGUCCCAGCUCCAGAAGCUGAAACCCGACCCGGUUUCGUGGAUCAUGGACUCUCACUCGCCUGAGUCGCUCUCCAGCUUCUUCAACCUCGUCUUCCUCACUCGCCUGUUUUGGCUGUGUGUUUGCGACGCGCCGAGUGAAGUGGGCUCGUUCUAUUUCCAUUCCUUGUUAGCUCCAAACAUCGAAGCCUUGUCGUGUACGGACGUGCCGGUUCUGCGAACGUUUUUAGUCACAGUGGGUGUGGAUGCUGAGCUGUACUUUAUGCGGGCCCUUGGGUACAUGUCAGCAAAAUGGUUGCUUUUGAAAGAGAUGAGCGUGGGCUUACAAACGUUAACACCAGCUCAGAACCUCGGGUUCUCUUAUGCUACGGAGGCCCAUGGGUUCUGGGUGUUGAAGGGUUACUCGCCGGUGAUGGGGAUGAAACUCACGCGCUCCAACGGCCCGAGAAUUCAGUUUCCUACUAUUGAACUGAAUAAUUCUGUGUUAAGAUACGCCCUGGCGCACCAGCAGUUAGAGGCCGUUAUUCAGCUUGAAUACUCAGUUGGAUUCUACGACGGGUUUCUUCAUGUGAACGCACGUGUCGAUAACAUACGGCUCCACGUGGCAAAGUUGGGGUUCAGCCAAAGCGAUGACGUGGGCUACGGCGACGAGAGGCACUUCCCGUCGAGGAUUCGGGUUUGGGUCGGGCCGGAAGUCGGGGCGACGUAUGUGGCCGGAGUGAGCUUGGGUCGAUCCACGAGCAACGAGGAGAAAGAAGUGGAAGUGCAAAAGAUCGUGAAGGGUAGUUUCAUAAAACCCAAGGCUCCGAGGGUGAAAGCCACGGCGAGGACUUCAACGAGGACGAGGACGAAGAAUUGGAGGUGGGAGCAGGACGCCGAGGGAAACGCAGCGGUUUUCGAUGCUGUUUUACACGACAACGUGACGGGCCUCGAAGUCGCCACGUGGAAGCCAGUCACUGGUGGUGGUAAACCGGGACACGAUUUUCCAAACCGGUAUAACGGGUCGAGUAGACCGUUUACGAAAACCGGGGGGAUGGUUUUUGCUGGGGAUGAGUAUGGAGAGGGAGUGGGUUGGAGGCUGAGCAAAGAGAUGGAAGGGAGUGUGUUGAAGUGGAGGAUAGGAGGGGAGGUUUGGGUGAGUUAUUUCCCCAAUGAGGUGAAUAGUUCAUAUUUUGAGACAAGGUGUGUGGAGUGGUGUGAUGAGGUUGAUUUGCCUUUGAUUCCUGGUAAAUUGAGCCCGUAAAAGAAACUCUAUAUAUAAUGUAAAUAAAUUUGAGUUUUUUUUAAUAUGUUUUAGUUUUAAUUUGAGUACCUAUAAUAUA